CGUUAAGGGGAUAGUAAUGGAGUUUUCGGCAAAAAUGGCCACUUUUUGCGCAGUAUUUGUUGUACUUUGUGCUCUUGUUGCAGUCAACGGCGACCAGAAAUUGCAUCCAUUGUCCGACGAAUUUAUUGAUUUAAUCAAUUCCAAGCAAAACUUCUGGAGAGCCGGCAGGAACUUCCCGAAGAAUACGCCAAUUUCACACCUGAAGAAUUUGCUUGGUGCCUUGGAAGAUAAAAAUUUCCAUAAUUUAGAAAAAGUGGACCAUCUCGACGAUAUAGCGACUCGUAGUAGUCUCCCAGAGAGCUUUGACCCGAGGGACAAAUGGCCGAACUGUCCUUCCUUGAAUGAAAUAAGAGAUCAAGGCUCAUGCGGCAGUUGCUGGGCGUUCGGUGCUGUGGAAGCGAUGACCGACAGGUACUGUACAUAUUCUGAUGGAAAACAACAUUUCCAUUUCUCUGCUCAGGAUCUUUUAACUUGUUGUGAUGAUUGCGGCUUUGGCUGUAACGGGGGUAACCCUGUAGCAGCUUGGAAUUAUUGGCAGUUUUAUGGUAUAGUGUCUGGAGGGAAGUAUAACUCGAGUGAAGGAUGCAAACCAUACACGAUACCGUCCCGUGAGCAUGUAGAUGGGCCACUGCUGCCGUGCGGUGAAAUUCCUACUCCACCUUGUGUUCAUACUUGUCAGUCUGGUUACAAUACAGAUUAUGAAAAAGACAAGCGUCGUGGUAAAGAAGUUUACAGUGUAGAUUCUAAUGAGGAGAGUAUAAAAGCUGAACUGUUCAAAAAUGGGCCUGUAGAGGUGACCUUCGUAGUUUAUGGAGACUUUUUUACUUACAAAAAAGGAGUUUAUGUACAUACAGGUAAACCGUACGCUGGCAGUCAUGCUGUCAAGAUGUUGGGCUGGGGAGUGGAAAAUGGCGUUAAGUACUGGCUUGCCGCAAAUUCGUGGAACUCUAAUUGGGGAGACAAAGGAUUCUUUAAAAUUCUGCGUGGAGUGAACCACUGUGGAAUAGAAUCUGCGGUUGUAGCUGGUGAACCGUUAUUCGCAUAAAUCUUUUAAUUGGGAUGUGUUACGUAUUAACACAAAUUAUUCGCGAAGACUUGGAAUGUUAAUUCUUCAAAGCAAUAAUAUCAUUGGAGUCUAUUUUAUGGUAAUAAAAAGAUAAUGAAAGAUAUGGUAUUAAAAAUUGUUUUCUUUAUAAAUAUUUUGGCAUUAAAAUAUAAUAGCAAAAAC